AUGGCAUUCACAUUGAUAACUUCGUUCAUCUUCUCGGUGGUCUUGGGCUUUUUCUCCGUCGCCGCCGCCAGUGCUCGCGGUCCAAUUAUCGGCGUCUUCGCGCAUCCGAGCUCCCAUCAUGGCGAGUACAUCGCGGCAUCGUAUGUCAAGUGGGUCGAGAGCGCGGGUGGUCGCGUGGUCCCCAUCCCGUACAACGCGCCCAAGCCAUAUCUGGAGCAACUGCUGCCGCAGCUCAACGGCCUCUUGUUUCCAGGUGGAGCCGCUACCGUCAAUGACCGCGCUGAGUGGCUAUUCCAAUUGGCGCUGAAGCUUAAUGACAAAGGCGUGUACUUCCCUGUCUGGGCCACCUGUCUGGGUUUUGAGUGGCUCGUGCAACUUACUACGGGGAACGUGGAGUCUUUAAACAAGGGACUAGACUCUACGAACAUCACUCUGCCUUUGAACUUCACUAAGGAAGCUCCGACCAGUCGGCUGUUCAGUCAAGCCAGUCCCGAGCUUUACUCGUGGCUCAAGGACAAGCCUAUCACUAUGAACAACCACAAGCAAGGCAUCACUCCCGAUAGGUUCAGCCAGUACUCAUCCCUCACAAACUUUUACACUGUGUUGGCCACCAAUGUAGAUCGUCAAGGGGUUGAGUUCAUUUCGGCUUUUGAAGCCAAAGUAUAUCCAGUCUACGCCGUGCAAUUCCAUCCUGAAAAGAACAGCUUUGAGUACGGAGAAUACCUGGACGGCACCCCUUACGAGGUGAUUGACCACUCUCGUGAAGGCAUCGCAAGUGGACAGUAUUUUGCUAACUUUUUCAUCAAUGAGGCGCGGAAGAACGAGCUGCGCUUCAAGGACCCUAAGGUGGAGCGCAAAGCGCUGAUUUACAACUACCAGACGUCUACUGUUACGUAUCCGGGAUUCGUCGAGUCGUACAUCUUCAAACACGACUUCAAGAUACAGUAUUGGCGCGUACCGAUGUAA